AUGGAAUAUCCCGAUGAAGACACAAUACGUAUCCUGAUAACGACGGACAAUCAUGUUGGAUAUAAUGAGAACGAUCCUGUUGCUGGAGAUGACUCAUGGAGGACUUUCCAUGAAAUCAUGAUGAUAGCAAAGAGUAAUAACGUGGAUAUGGUACUACAGGGUGGAGACCUCUUCCACGUUAAUAAGCCAUCGAAAAAAUCUAUGUACCAGGUAAUGAAGUCACUAAGGUUGGCCUGUAUGGGGGAAAAGCCAUGCGAGCUGGAACUACUGAGUGAUCCUUCCAAGGUAUUUUACUACAAUGAAUUCACUAAUGUGAAUUACGAGGAUCCAAAUUUUAAUAUAUCGAUUCCUGUAUUUGCCAUAGCGGGGAACCACGACGAUGCCACUGGAGAGAGUCUUCUUUGCCCGAUGGAUCUGCUGCAAGUUUGCGGACUCGUUAAUCAUUUUGGUAAAGUCUUGGAAGCUGAUAAGAUCCAAUUAAUGCCCUUGUUGUUUCAAAAAGGCAAAACUAAACUAGCAUUAUAUGGUAUGGCAUCUGUACGCGAUGAACGUCUGUUCCGGACUUUCAAGGAAGGGAAAGUGACAUUCGAGGUUCCAUCGAUACGUGAAGGUGAAUGGUUUAAUCUCAUGUGCGUACACCAAAAUCACACAGGCCACACCAAUACAGCAUUUUUGCCUGAGCAGUUUCUACCAGAAUUUCUCGAUCUUGUUAUAUGGGGACAUGAACACGAGUGUAUCCCUCAUUUGGUGCAUAAUCCCACCAAAAAGUUUGAUGUUUUACAACCUGGUUCUUCUGUAGCCACUUCACUUUGUGAUGCUGAAGCAAAACCUAAAAAUGUUUUCAUACUGGAGUUGAAAUACGACACAGUGCCCAACUUGAUAACGAUUCCGCUUACAACCGUACGAGCAUUCAUCAUGAGAUCGAUAUCAUUGAAGGACCAAGAGCAUUUAAGGCCCCAUGACAAGGAUGCAAUUACAAAAUUUCUUGUCGAACAGAUCGAAGAGAUGAUUCAGGAAGCGAAUGCAGAGACUAGAGAGAAAUCUCAAGAUGCAUACGAUGAAGAAGAGGAAGAUGCGGUUUCAUCUCUGCCUUUGCCACUAAUAAGAUUGCGAGUUGACUAUAGCGGACCCGCUAAUGGUACUUCAAUGAUAGAUUAUCAGGUCGAAAAUCCACGUCGAAUUAGCAACAAGUUCGCUGGUCGUGUAGCUAAUGGUAAUACUGUCAUCCAAUUUUACAAGAAAACAAGGACCACCGGGAGUACUUCCAGAAAGAAGAAUAACGCGAUAAAUAAUACCGAUAUAGAGAGGUUGAUUCAUGAAGGCGGAGGUGAGCUUGAAGUUCAAACCCUGAUUGAUGAUCUCUUGAAAAAAAUGCAGCUAUCAUUACUGCCAGAGAAUGGUAUGAAUGAUGCCGUCAAGAAAUUUGUUGACAAGGACGAGAAACAUGCUCUGAAGGAAUUCAUUGAUCAUGAGGUGGAUAAUGAAGUCGAUAUUCUGGUAUCUCACAAAGGGUUUUUGCAGUCUGACGAUCCCGAGCAAAUCAAGCAGCUAAUCAAACAGGUCAAAAAGGCAAACAACAAUAGUUCUUCACUUAACGAAAUGGCAGCAGCAGAAAAUCUGCUAAAUACGAACGAAGCAGCUUCCACAAGAGAAAACACGAACCAACCAGAGCAUCUGAGUGAGAAUCGCAUUACAACGGAAAAGAGGCAUACACGUACUAGAAAAUCACCAAGGAAGAAGGCAGCGAAUGCGGACGUUAGUGACUCGAUAGUACUCUCAGAUGAUUCUCAUGACGAACAAGACGCGGAUGACGACAUUGACAUUGUCUUGAGUGAUGAAGAAGAGGAUUAUUCAUCUCGCAGAAGCGCAAAGAAACCGGCGUCAAAGAAUACCAGAAAGACCAGCAGAAGGACUACUUCAACCAAGACGCCAGCCACAAGAACUAGCGCAACAAAGACACCCAAGACUGAUAUCUUGAGUAGUCUCCUCGCUAGAAAGCGGAAAUAA